AUGCGCUGCAUAACGCGGAACGUUGAGAAAGAGUAUCUUUCAGAGAAAACCUGUCGCGGCAUCAACAUUGCCGAGCACGCUCAAGGGCUUCCUACCGUAUUUGAGAACACUGGCCAACAGCUAGGCGUUCCUGUCCCACCCUCAUCGAGCCUGUACACAACCUCUGGUAGCUCGUCAAGCAGCAAAUCACACAAGAACCCGCCCGUUAUUCACGAUGGAGGUGGAAAGAUUUACGACCCGAACAUCUCCACGUCUGCGCCGGAUGGGGGGGAAUACGAUACAUCAUCAGGAUACGUAGAGCCCGAGGCCGAGGAGUCUUACCUCUCUAGAGCCAAAAGUCUCAAACCCAAUGUAGGGAGAGUGGGCGACCAAAAGCGUUCGCGCAGCCCUUCCGACGUUAGAACAGGUCUCUCUUGGCCACCUCCAGCGGCCCUACGCUUCUCGACUGACGAUGGAACGGAGCAGGACGCCGAUCAGCGUUCACCGAGAAAAAGGCGACGUUUGGCAAAGGAAGAGAAUGAGCAGUUUUCCAAGAACACUGCUGACAUCAUGUCAAAGCUAGAGGACGAUGAGCAAAUGACAGAGACUGGAAACAUUUCGAUCUCGGUGGACCGAGAUAUCGUCGAUGUGUUGCUCGAAGAAUGGACAGUACCAGUGUAUUGA